CUAUUUCUUAUUCCACAGUAGGCGAGACAAAUAGUAAACGUCAACAUUUGAUAAUUAGAUAUGUGCUCUGAAAAAAAUGAAUCGUAGCGAAGGAAUGGUAAAAAGGCGAAACAUAACGCGAGAAAACAAUACUGACGGCUUGUCGAAAGAGGUAACUGAUGAACGUAAAACAAAUAGAGACGACGAAGUUGAAGAUGGAGAUUCAAAAGAAACUAGGCUAACAUUGAUGGAAGAAGUGCUACUGUUGGGACUCAAAGAUAAAGAAGGUUACACUUCAUUCUGGAACGAUUGUAUUUCGAGCGGACUGCGCGGAUGUAUUCUUAUUGAACUAGGCAUACGGGGUCGUGUAGAAUUAGAAAAGAGCGGUAUGAGAAGAAAGGCACUGCUUGCACGCAAAUUAAUUGUUAAAAACGAUACUCCCGUCGGAGACGUGUUACUAGAUGAGGCAUUAAAGCAUUUAAAAGAAACAGACCCUCCUGAAAGUGUUCAAAGUUGGAUAGAAUACUUAAGCGGUGAAACAUGGAAUCCGCUAAAAUUGAGAUAUCAACUGAAAAAUGUUAGAGAACGCCUAGCCAAAAACUUGGUUGAGAAAGGUGUUCUAACAACAGAAAAGCAAAACUUUUUAUUUUUUGAUAUGACCACACACCCCUUAACUGAUAACACCACUAAGAGCAGAUUAAUUAAAAAAAUUCAGGAUGCAGUUCUGAGUAAAUGGGUGAAUAAUCCCAAUCACAUGGAAAAGCGGAUGUUGGCAUUAAUAUUUCUGGCUCAUGCAAGUGAUGUUCUGGAAAAUGCCUUUGCGCCUUUGAAUGAUGAUGACUAUGAACUCGCUACAAAAAGAGUACGAAAGCUGCUCGAUUUAAAUUUUGAAGAAGAAGCAAACAAGCCCAACACAUGUGAAGUACUGUGGGCAGUGUUUGCAGCUUUCACAAAAUAAUGAAGGAUAUUCCUCU